ACUGGACCCCAGCCUUCCCUGUACUGCACUCAAAGGCGGGAAGGCAAGAGAAAAUGGCCCUCCGUUUGGCUUCCCUGUCGUUGCCCCUAAUUUAGAAUUAGAGACAGAAAAAAAAGAAAAAAAAACCCAAACAAAACCAAAGUUUUUGUUUUCUUUUGUUUUUAAAGCAAUAGAAAAUUUUGGUUAGAAUUAUACUUGUGUAAAAGGAAAACAGCUAGUGCUUGGUUUGUUUUGAAGCCUAAUGACAGAAAUUAUUGGUCAAGAAAAUUUAAACAAAUAAAAAAAAAAGUUAGAAAAUGACUUAUACUUUGCUAAGUUUGCUUCCUCUUUGACCGGGGAAUCUGUAAAGCUUUGGACUUGGGUCAUGUUUUCAGAGGGAAAAUAACAACUCCGUUUUCAUUGGUUUUUUUGUCUGUAAGGUCUAAAAUCUGAAGCUGUUAAGACUUAAAGACAUUUUUCUCUGUCAAAUGUGGGAGUAUUUGUCUGUUAGUGUCUGCUCUGUUGCUUAAGAUGGGUACAAAUUUUUUUUUUUUUAAAUCAUUUUUGGGUUUACAAGUUGAAGAUUAAAUUCGUUUGGAGUUUGAGGUCAGGGAACAAAUAAAACUCAGUGACGAAAUGAUUCUUUGCGUCUUUCUUUUGAAGAUUUUGAGUUGAAAAAAAUUCGAUAUUUAUGUGUUACUCACUCAGUUUCAAGUGCUUGAAGGUUCGUCUAUAGGGUUUUGUUGUCGAUUUUGUCCUGAGAAGUCGGAGUAUUUAAGCAAAUCCCAGUUUUUUGAAGCAGAAAAAUUGAAGCUUUUCUUUGGUUUGGGUGCUGACUAGAAGCUGUAGAAUUUUUUUUAUGUUUGUUUCUAUUCUGUUUCUUAAGAUGAUGAGCAAACGUGUAGCAUUUUUUUUAUGGGGUUUUGGAUUUUGAGCUAUGGUGGCUUUGAAGCUUUAAGAUAAGAAAGAAAGAAGAAAGGUACGGAUAUGUGUAUUUCGCUCAUAUACUUAGCUUCUCUCUUUCUUUCAUGAUUUUGAUGUUUUGUUUGUAGCUUUUUUCUUGUAUGGAGAAAAGAAGAAGUUGCGCUCUCUCUUUGCUUUUGCUGCUGUUUGUUUGCUUUCACCAAACAACUGUACACUGCAAAGAAAGGCUCAUUAGCCACCCCUCUUCUCAGCCUCCUUCACCUUCUAGGCCUCAAGAAUUCAAGAUUGGAUUGAAAAGGAUCAUUCUCAGUAUUGUGUUAGGAAUUUUAACUGGAUUGAUUGGAGCCAUUCUUUUUGCUUUAUUAAUCAAAUAUGCAGUUCAGUACAUGGACCAAACCCCAAUCCUCAAAGGUCCCGUUAUAUUUUCCCCAAAAAUAUCGUCCAAGACUCUCCAAUCAGCCCUUGCAAAUGAGAAUCAGUUGCUAGGAUCAAGCUCCAAUGGGAAGUACUAUAAAACAGUUCUUGAUAACGGGCUCGCUGUUGUAGUCAAGGUACUUGCGCCCUGUGAUAGUGUUUCGCCGGAAAGACAGAGCAAGUCGGUGAAGAGAAGGAUACAGCAAGAACUGGAGGUCCUAGCUAGCUUGAGACACAGGCAUUUGAUGAGUUUAAGGGCUUAUGUUCGUGAAUCUGAUAGGUUUUCUUUGGUUUAUGAUUAUAUGCCCGUGGGGAGCCUUGAGGAUGCAAUGAAUCGAGUGAGGGGAAAUCAGUUGCAGCUUGGAUGGGAUGUCAGGCUUAGGAUUGCUGUGGGAGUGAUUAAGGGUCUUCAAUAUCUUCACUUUAAUUGCAUCCCUCAGAUUUUGCACUACAACUUGAAGCCCACAAAUGUGAUAUUAGAUAAUGAAUUCGAACCAAGGCUGGCAGAUUGUGGCUUGGUUAAGCUCAUGCCUAACAUAGAUAGGGCAACUUCUGGUUACGGAGCUCCUGAGUGUUUCCAGAACUGCAGGUAUACUGAUAAGAGUGAUAUCUUUAGCUUUGGGAUGAUAUUGGGUGUUCUAUUGACCGGUAGAGACCCCACUGAUCCAUUUUUGGGUGAAGCAUCGAGUGGAGGGAGUUUAGGACAGUGGCUUCGGCAUUUACAGCAUGCAGGGGAGGCACGGGAAGUGCUAGAUAAAAGUAUUAUCGGGGAAGAAGUCGAGGAAGAUGAGAUGCUAAUGGCCGUGAGAAUUGCUGUUGUCUGCCUAUCAGAUUUGCCUGCUGAUAGGCCUUCUAGUGAUGAGCUUGUUCCCAUGUUAACCCAGCUGCAUAGUUUUUGAAGGAAAUAUAAGGGUGUUGAUACUCAAACCUCUGCAGAUUGUAGGAAUAGGAUAUUUUGGGACUUCACUUGGAGGGAUUUGGCCUAUAAGCUGCUGUGGCUCUAACCAUUUUACAACAUGUGAAGAGACCAGACAUUUUGCUCGGGAGCGGCCGUUGGUCUCUUUGUGGUCUGUUUAAGUCUUAAUAUUUUCUCGGUCAUAGACUGAACUUGCGGCAAUGUAUACAUGGAUAAGUGAAGUCUGGUGGUCAAAGAGAUUUCUAACUCAAGACAUUGACUAUUUGAUCUGAUAGCUGUGGGACAGAUCUGCAUUAUUGUGUUCUUAAACAACUAAUCAUGGUGGGGUUUUCGUAGUUGUCUUUUUGUUGGAAAAACUUUUUCGAAAAUCACGGGUGCUUGCAGUAAAAUCAACUAGUUAUAGUAAUUUUUCGUCAAGGGGUUUCAAGGAUGGAUUGCGAUUCUGUUUUUCAUCAGACGAUAACACAUCAUGUAUGUUGUUGGUUCUUUCCAAGUGGCAGUAUGGUCUGGUACUCAACUUGUAUGUCAUCCAGUUAUAAAUAUCUUUUCGAGUGGGCUGUAAAAGGAAAACAGGUGUCUUCUCCUGAAAAAUUUGAUCCAUAAUACAAAGUUCCAAACAAAAUUUUAUCAGUUUCUGAUGGAGUUGGAUUGAAUUUGAAUGUGUUUUUUAUGCUUAUCUUGAACUUUUUUCUCUAAUUUUUGGAAGCAAUAUAGGUAGAUGACAACUUCGGACUCGAUUAAAGUCCAAAUACGAAAGAUUUGGAGGUUCGGGGGGGAUAUUGACUUUUCUUUGCAGUGACGAACUGCAGAUGACAGAACUGCAUGACAAGAUCUUGGUCCUCAACUGUUUACAACAAUUCUAAAAGGAAAAAAACUUAAAUGUUUUCGCUGUAAUGCUUUAUGGUUUGGAGGGGCUAAUAGCUGGCAUUAGAUUGCAUCAGUUUUGUCUUUGCAAAAGUAGUCUGACAAAACCAAAACGGAUCCUCAUGCAAUUUAUAUGCCUUGGGAGCUUGAAAAGUAUGAUGCAAAAGAAUGUGGUGGGGAUGUAGAGACAGGGAGGCCAUGCAACUGGGACCAAAAGUUUUAGCAUGCUCUAAAAGGGUGACUGACUCAGUUUAAAAAGCAUGAGAUGGAGAGGCAAAUCACUGUUAAGCUUCCCCUUACAGCUGUGUUAUUCACUCUCACUCAAAUGCUCUGUACGCUUCUUUUAGUCCUUGCACAAUGCACAUCCUUUUCAUUUUUUUUUUUUUUUAAAUCUGAAACCCCCUGCCCUUCUUUUUCAAUUUUAAAAAUUUCUUAAGAAUAUUAGCCAACA